AUGCGGGAGGCAACGUUGUAUCCGAGCAUCAUCAGCUACACCGCUGGGAUCAGUGCGUGCGAGCAAGGUGAGCAGUGGCAGCCUGCCCUGGCUCUGCUCAACGAGAUGAGGCAGACGAAGUUAGAACUCGACGUCGUCAGCUACAGCGCUGGGAUCAGCGCGUGCGGGAAAGGUGAGCAGUGGCAGCGGGCGCUGGCUCUACUCAGCGAGAUGUGGAAGGCGGAGUUCGAUCCGAACGUUAUCAGCUGUAGCGCUGGUAUCAGCGCGUGCGAGAAAGGCGACCAAUGGCAGCGGGCUCUGGCGCUGCUCAGCGAGAUGUGUGAGGCGAGGUUGGAGUCCAACGUCGUCAGCUACAACGCUGGGAUCAGCGCAGGCGAGAAAGGCAGGCAGUGGCAGCUGUCUCUGGCUCUGCUCAGGGAGAUGCGGGAGUCGAAGCUGGUGCCCGACGUCAUCAGCUACAGCUCUGGGGCCAGCGCCUGCGAGAAAGCCGAGCAGUGGCAGCGGGCCUUGGCCUUGCUCGGCGAGAUGCGCGGGGCGAGGCUGGAGCCCAACGACGUCAGCUGCAACGCGAUGCUCCUGGCCCUGGAGAGGGGCGAGGCGGGCAUCCGCAUGAGGCGGCUGCUCCAGGUCCCGCCGCAGGGUGCGGAGCUCGCGGGCGCCGGGGGCGCCCCGAGCGCCUCCCCGCCCCGCGGGUGGGGCCCCGCCGGCGCCGGCGGGCUGCACUUCUGCAUCUUCCAGGGCUUCGAGCAGGGCGUGGAGGGCUGGUCCCUGGACCGCGGUAGCGUGUUGAGCCGCUGGGACUUGCCACCGAACCCUGCUGGACGGGCUGCUCCAGUGCGUCGCGAUGGACGGCGAGUGGCCCCGGGAGGUGCGCGCCUCCGCCUUUGUGGGGCGGGACCGCGUCCACCUUGGCGGCCAGGUGCAGGGGACUGGGCGGCGGGCGCGGCCCGCACGCCCGACGGGGGCGCCGCCUGCUGGCCAGUUGCCUUCCAGCCCUGGGAGGAGACGCUUUGGUGGUCGCGGGACGAGGCGGGCCUGCCGGGCCUCGAGUGGCGCUCGGCCGGGGAGGCGCAGGGCUCGCCGGAGGCGGCGAGGAGGCAGCAUCUCGCGAGCUUGCAAGAGGACCUGGCGCGCCUUCCGGAGGCCGCAGCCGUGCUCGCCUUCACGCCGGCGCGGCCGGACGUGUCCUACGACCAGCUCGUGGUGCUGGGCGAAGGGCGCAGCCCGCGUCCCGGGCGGCUGUACGUCUUGAUGGGGGGCGCGCACGGCUUCGACGACGACGACGACCGCGACGGCGCUUUCGCCGCCGAGGUCUUAGCGGCCUUCUCGGCGCGCUUCGGCGGCGACCGGGUCGUGCGCGUCAGCCUCGGUGCAGAGGGGCCCUCCCGAGGCGAGUUCGAGCCGAAAUUCACGCUGGCAGGCGUGGCAAGCUUCCUGAGCGUCGAGUACGCGCGCGGGGCGCUGCGGCAGGCAGCUGCGGGCGUAGGGGCGCACUGCCAGAAGGAAUGCGUGCGAGGAUGA